AUGGCUAUCGAUCCUCAACCCAGUUCUCCCUCCCUGUCCUCCGAGACCAUUGCCAACGACACCAUCGGCAAUGACAACAAUGUCAACGAACCCAGCGUCGAACCAAAGACACAAGAGCAUCAACAUACAGUACCCCCUCGACUGUCUCGAAUCUACAGUCAAGCGCACCAUAUCAGCCAGUCCUUCAUCGAUCAGAACUACCCAGGAGAGGGGACAACACAGGUUCCCUAUCGCAUCAACUUCCUCCCCGACGAUUCCCAAAAUGCUCAGCUGCCUCCCCCGAUGGAAGAAGUGGGCAUUUGCGGUAUCAAGCAAGUCAUCCGCGCGUUCGGCAUCUCCCAAGAAGUCGCUACACUUGGAAUAUCCCUCUACGUCCUGGGUUUCACGUUCGGGCCUUUGAUAUGGGCGCCCUUGUCGGAGCUUUACGGGCGGAAGAAAGUGUUUUUCUUCACCUUUAUGGUUGCAACGGCGUUCAGCGCUGGGGCAGCCGGAGCAGGUUCCAUUGCUUCUUUGCUAGUUCUGCGUUUCUUGACUGGAUCUAUUGGCUCUGCGCCUCUUUCAAAUGCCCCGGCGUUGAUUGCGGACAUGUUUGACAAGUCGGAGCGAGGUCUGGCUAUGUGCAUGUUUUCGGGAGCCCCUUUCCUUGGACCAGCAAUCGGUCCCAUUGCAGGAGGCUUCCUUGGCGAGACUGCGGGUUGGCGUUGGCUCCAUGGGCUCAUGGCCGCCUUCACUGGCGUCACCUGGAUUGCCUGCACCGUCUUCAUCCCAGAGACAUACGCGCCGUACAUCCUGCGCAAGCGCGCCCAGCACAUGUCCAAGCUCACAGGAAAAGUGUACAUCUCCACUCUCGACGCAGACAAGCCACCAAGUUCGGCUGCCCAUCAGCUCAAGAAUGCAUUGACCAGACCUUGGCUGCUGCUGUUCAAGGAGCCUAUCGUCUUCAUCACCUCCAUCUAUAUCUCCAUCAUCUACGGCACCAUGUAUAUGUGUUUUGCCGCGUUUCCCAUCGUGUUUCAACAGGGGCGAGGCUGGAGCCAGGGUAUUGGUGGCCUUGCCUUCACUGGUAUUGUUAUCGGUGUGAUUCUGUCUAUCAUCAGCUUCGCUUUCGAAGACAAGCGCUACGCUCGCGCUGCUCAGAGGAGAGGUGCGCCGAUGGAGCCUGAGGAUAGACUACCCCCAGCCAUUAUGGGUUCUCUUCUCAUCCCCAUCGGUUUGUUUUGGUUCGCGUGGACAACCUUCGCUAGCAUCCAUUGGAUUGUCCCCAUCAUCGGUACCGUCUUCUUUGCCUGGGGCCUUGUACUUGUCUUCAUGGCGCUCUUGAACUAUCUCAUUGACUCCUACGUCAUUUUUGCAGCGUCCAUCAUGGCAGCCAAUUCUGCUCUGCGAUCCCUCUUUGGUGCCGCCUUUCCUCUGUUCACAAGACAAAUGUACGAUGGCCUUGGAGUCCAGUGGGCUAGCUCCAUCCCAGCCUUCCUCGCCCUGGCCUGUGUCCCCUUUCCCUUCCUCUUCUACAAAUACGGACGCCAGAUCCGAAUGAAGUGCGAGUACGCUGCAGAGGCUGCCAACGUCCUCCAAAAGAUGCGGUCUCUUCACGUCACUGUCACAGAAGAUGACGCCAUGAAUGAGGCUGAGGAGAUGUGGAGAGCCAGAACACACAACAGCCACACAUCAGCUACUCAUAGCCACGGUCAUCGUCGAUCUCUGAGCUGUACUCGCUCUGUUUGA